AUGAAGGCCGCAGCAGCAGAAACGAAAGCUGCAGAUGCGCUGAAAGUGGCAGAAGCGAAGGUUGUAGAGGCGCAGAAGAUAGCCGAAGCACAUAAAGCAGCAGAAAUGAAGGCUUCAUUAGCAGAAAUCAAGACUGCAGAAGUAAAAAAGAAGGCCACAGAACAGGAAGAAAAGCAUGUCGCAAAAAUUGCAGCAGCAGAAGAGAAGAUUGCAGAAGCAGAGAAGAAAGCAGCAGAUGCAGAGAAGAAAGCAGCAGAAGCAGAGAAGAAGGCAGCAGAAGCAGAAAAAAAGGCAGCAGAAGCGGAAAAGAAGGCUGCAGAAGCAGAAAAGAAGGUUGUAGAAUUGAAAAAUAAUGUCGUAGUGCAGAAUGAGCAGUACAUCCAAAAUAUUGUAGCAGUAGAAGAGAAGAAAACUGUGGAAGAGCGGGCUUCUAGUAGUGCAAGCCGUUGGAAAAAAGCAAUUGACAAGUAUGUAACCGAGCAGCCAGCUACGAAAGUUCUAACCCGCUGGAAGAUGAUAGCUGAAGCAUUACAACUAAAUGAGCUAGGAUUAAAGUUGUACCGUGAAGGAAAAUUACGAGAAGCGGUCGAUGAAAUAGAGUUGGCGUUGGAUAAGUAUGAAGAAGCAGUGUCAAAAUUUAAUGAAGCAUGUUCGAAGCAACCGCUAGAUAUUAUAUUCAACUCUUUUAUAAUGGUGAUAGAUGCAUUUAUCAAAAAUGAGGUCUAUCAAGAAGCUCGAGAGACAAUCGAAUAUGCGAAGGGUCAUUUUCCUGAUAAAAUGGACGCUUUUACGGAAGCAGAACAAAUGAUGGUUAACGAAAAUUGGUCUCCUGAUUAUACGAAACAAUACUUGGUUCAAUUAGAUGAGCGAGCAGUAGAGAAUAGUAUCAAGGAACAAUCGGAUGGUUAUUGA